AUGGAUCACCUCUCGCCUCUGGAUCACUCUGCACAAUCAGUCGACGGUACAUCCUCUGAGACCCGUCGAUCAGCGUACGUUUGGCAUCACACUGUGUCUGCACCCCAAGUGGAUAUUACCCCGCUCACGUUGGGCUCAAACCCGUGGAUCACUCAGACGCCGGAAACAUAUAUCGCCGCUCACGGUACAGAGAGUGAGAGGGAAGUGGGAGAACUCCUUGACGAAGGAGAGAGCUCGGAAGAUGAGAUGAUGCAAGGCAUGUCGGAAGGAGGAACUCAAGUGGCUGCUCAGAUGGCACCUGUCAUUCUGCAGUCAAGGUUCCAGCAUCAGAAUGCGCCCCUGCCCGGUAAAGCCUCUCAUCUGAGCGCACAGCGUACUGCGUCCUCCGGUGCUGUGGUGCGUUUUGAGAUUGCAUCAAUGCCCGAGCCCCGUGAGGAUGAACGUCCUAUGGGAAACAAUCAGGACCAAAACGUUGCCGCCAAAGCCUGGAAUACACAAUCUCCUAUUGCUGGCAUACCGCCGUCUGCUUUCGCAAAUGAGCCCUUCGCACAGCUCACAGACAAUGGUCUUGCAUAUCCUGAUCUGCCAUCAGGCACAUCAGGUGCAUCGCCAGCAGGAUCUGUCAAUGAUACUGAACUGUCCAAACUCAUGCAGGCCAUGUCGCUUGCCGUAGCAAACGGCAUUGAGAAAGGGGUUCAGGAAGCCUUGAACACAAUGCGGGCAGAACGCAAGAAAGCCCCUAGCCGGGCUGAGGCCGAUGAAAGAGGAUAUUACAGAGACGAGGACGAAGUUGGAGACCUGCCUCGUAGCGCAUCCCUAGCGGCAGUCAAGGCUUUUGCAGAUGGGUUAGGCGAUGGGCCAGACAUUGACGAACCGCUCGUAGAUUGGGAGCACGAGUUGAGCACACCUUGGAACAAGGAACUCCUCUUCUUGUUGUCAAAGAGUUUCCUUCAACGGAUCAAGUCUGGUCAGGAAUUUCCCCUGACCUUUGAUCCUGACGUCAUCAUGCAGCCUGGCCUUGAACGCUCUUGUACUGCCAAGUUGCGACGAGUGCGCAUGCAGCUCCGUAAUAUGAGAAGAACAGAUGCACUCCCGAAGAACGGUGAGGAGAAUGCCGCAUUACGUCGCAACACACGCCACCAAGGGAUAUUUAACCGGCGAAUGAAUAUCAUCAACGCCAACAAGACUGCAGCACAACCACUCUGGAGCACCAUCAAGGACGCUCUUAACAUGCUCGAUGUCAUGGGCAUGAGCUCAGAUCACACAGACGAUGAAGCCAGCCAGGACUUUAAGGUCGUUCGUCGCGCUAAAAUGCCAUGGCGUCAUGAAGAUCUUGACGUGCUGUGUCAUGCCAUAGACACAUAUCGGACUGUAUCUACGGUCCCUCAGGCUAGAGGAAACCGAACGCUGCCACGUCUGUCCCAACUCUCGACGGGUUCCCCGAAAUCCCACCGUCAAUAUGUUCGUGGCCUGCCGAAUUCAUUCUAUGAUCAGCAGUGGCUGUCAUCUCUAACAAGAGUAGAGCGCCGCAAAGUAGGAUUCACCAAGGUGAUUGACAUACCUCAGCUGGCCGUGCAUGAGGCAUAUCAUACCCAGUGA